GUGGUAUCCAGCUUUAUCCCACUACGGCUCCCAGUCUGGUAAUUUUGUCCUUUUCAUGGUUAAAAAUUGUAUUUCCUUUGAAAAUGUAUUUAAGAUCCAGAUUUUAGUGCUUGCUUCUGCUAAUUUUUAGUGUGAAUUAUGGGUAGAUUUGUAUUAUAAAAGUUUGUGUAGCUAAAAUAGGGGAAUUUUAAGAAUUUAUGAUUUUUGAGGGGUUGAAAGGUGGUUUAGGAUAUGAGAAGGGGUUGGAGGGAUUGGGAAAGAAAUGGAAUGAGGAGGAGAGGAUGAGAAGUGGUUGAGGGUUUUUGGAGGUUGAGAAAAAGAGUAGUUUGAGUGGAGUUUUGGAAAUUUCUUUAAGGUUGCUUUUUUGGCUAAUUUUUUGCUUAUUUUAA